ACGACUUAGUUUUACCAGUGUAUUGUGCAGCGUUUGGAGUUCGGUAAUUUUAUGACCUCUUCUUGUUUAAUGUUUGGUUUUGCAGCUUGUAUCAGCGACCGUCACCUACAUCGUCAUUAUGGUGCAAUUCAGGUCGGCCAACAUCGAUGAAUGAGGAUGAGACACGCCACUUGCGUGCAUUGUCGCGGAAGAUUAUCGUCAUACCACGUUUGAAGCCUUCUUUCAAGCUUGUUGAAGGAAGGGUUCUCUUCGUGAAGGAUGAGUUGCACCAUCCAGUGUGCAGCGUUUCACGAAAAUUUAAAUAUGAAUUAUGCCAUGGCAUCGUGACGUUCUUCAAAUAAUUUUCGACUGAAGGCUAUUUUACUGUAAUUUAUAACAUAAAUGCAGAUUAAGGACUUAAAUGUAACGGAGCCGCUUGCAGUCAUCUACAGAGCUGCGACGUGAACCUGAUAGAUGCUGUAAAUUGUUGUUGGAGUAAAACCAUACCGAGCUGCAAGUGAAGUAAAAUAUUUACUCUUGAAAUCGGCCAUGCCCCACCAUUCCGUAUAAUAUGGGUAUUAAAGGACUUGCCGACAUCAAGGAACAUAGGGUUAUUUAAUCAAUUUCACCUCAUUUGAUGUCAUGUCUAGACUGUAAGUAGCGACGUGGCGACCGAGUAGCAGCCGAGCACUUUACAAAUCCUUUUGCUAUCACUGUCUUGGUGGGGAUAAAAGUGGCUUUUAAUAUGCUAUUACCGGCGAAAUUGGUCUCCUGCGCGUUUCGAUCUUAUCUGAUAAGAACGCAGGUGAUGCCUAUCUUAAGGGCAAGCGUGUUAUGAGCAACAUGUCAAUCUAUCUGCCUCCCAUAUAUCGAGCUGGGCUAUCUUUUCGGCGACUCGGCUGCCGUCAAUCGGCAAUUGCGGCUGGGUCGUGAAAUGGCCCUCAGUCGUGGGUGACCGAGGGCAGUGAGCAUGGGCAACGAGAGCAAACGAAGCCGCUGCAAAUGGGCUGGUCAGAGCCGUCAUCCCCACUGAUGGGCCCCACUGUAGGGGCGCCUCGACGGCGGGAUGUCCGAGGGCUGGUGGUUGGCGUUGUAGCCACUCUGUGCGCUGGAGCAGCUCUUGGAGCGGGAGUCUUUUACCUGCUUCGACAUUUGGAAUCGACGUCUGGGGACGCUGAGGCGGCGACGCGCCAUGCUCCUUCGGCCAGCGACCUCCUUUACGUGUUCCACAGACCUGCGGAGCCCAUCUUCACCUUGCGGGGCCACGACCGCAAUGUUGCAUUCGACGUGCCAGUCAGCUAUUUGCCGGCGCGGUACGUGAGCCUCGCGGCCGAGAUUCGCGACUCGGCAGCGCGUGGCCCUGGGCGCCGCCUCAUCCAGGUGCCGGACCUCCCGAUGCCCGCCGAACGCUUCGCCGACAUCAACGGCAUUCUUCCCUUCCGCAGUCCCUUCACCAGGUCGGCCCCCAUCUACCUGCGGCUCGUCAUCCGGUUCUGGCACUUCUUCCAAGAGAGCAAGUCAGUUCCGGAGCUACUGGCUAGGGCCGUGUGGGCGCGACUACACUACAACCCUGAGAUGAUCCUCGACGCCCUGAUGCUUGCUAUGCUCCGGUCCCCAUUCGAGGCCGUCAAGGACGUACAAUUGCCAGAACUUCCCCAAUACAUCCCGGAGCUGUAUACGGACGAUGAAUUUUUUGCAAAGGCUCGCGAAGAAAUGCAUCUGGUUGCGGAGAAAGACAGAGUGGCGGUGCCCGUGGUGAGGAACCUGGCGAAGGACGACGAGGCCGUCCUGUGGUACUUCCGCGAGGACGUCCACUUCCACGUGUUCCACUGGAAGUGGCACGUCGUGUACCCGGCGGGCAGCGACGACGACGAGUACGUGGACCUGCCGCGCCGCGGGGAGCUGUUCGUCCACCUGCACCGGCAGUUCACGGCGCGAUACAACGCAGAGAGGUUCACCAAUGGACUCCCAGCCGUACUGCCCAUGGACGUUCAUGAGCCGUUGCCCAAAGGGUAUUUUCCGAAAAUGGUCCAUCUUCAUGGUGAGAAGGGUACCAUAGGCAGGCAAGCAAAUACGUCACUGCUCCCUCUCGCUAAAUUCAUUCAAAACCACGAUUCUCAAAGAGCACUCUACGAUCAAGUUCUCAAACAAGGAUAUGUAACUUAUAGUAACGGGACGAGAGUGAACUUAGUCGGAAUCGAGGGUCUCGAUAUCAUCAGUAACCUGCUUGAAGGAAAUUCGCUUCUGUCGCCUAACUACGACUACUAUGGAAACGUUCACAACGAUUUGCAUGCUAACCUAGCAUUCGCUGCGGACCCGCUCCACGAGUACAAGGAGUCUUUCGCAUUGACAUCGUAUAUUACAACCGUGGCCAAGGACCCUGCAUUUUUCAACAUCCACCAGUUGAUGGACGACCUCUAUGAAAAGUACAAGAUAAAACUGGCCCCGUACUCAACGGAUGAGGUCACACCGCUCCCCGCCGUCACCCUGCAGUCCGUGUCGGUGCGCACUGCCGGCUUGUCGCAGGACAACGCCCUGCGCACGUACAUGCAGCAGACCGACCUGGACGUGUCCAUGGGGCUGGACUACACUCCGCCUGGCCGCCAGUACGCGCGCUUCACGCACCUCCAGCACAGGCGCUUCGACUACGUGCUGCAGGUGCUGAACAACGAGUCUCAAGAUCGUAAAGUGUUCGUCAGGCUGUUCCUGUUGAUGACGGAGGAUGAAAAUGGAUCCCCACUGGACUUGGACUUCCAGCGACGCUUCAGCAUGCAACUGGACACCUUUGAAGCGACUUUGUCGCCCGGCGCCAACACAGUCCGCCGCUCGUCCGUCGACUCGGCGCUGACCAUCGACAACGACGCCAUCUACACGCCGCAGCCCAGCGUGGCUGAGAUCCGGCGGCGGAACGCGUGCCGCUGCGGCUGGCCGUCGGGUCUGCUGCUGCCCAGAGGCAGCCCCGCCGGCACGCCCUACAAGCUGCUGGCCAUGGUGACGGACUUCGCGCAGGACAGGGCACCCAAGGCGGCCUCGGAGCAGUGCAGCGACGGCUGGCUGCUGUGCGGCGUGCCCGGCAGCACCCACUACCCCGACGUGCGCGCCAUGGGCUUCCCGCUGGACCGGCCGUUCCGCGCCGCCGUCAAGACCCUCGGCGACUUCCUCACGCCCAACAUGGCCGUCGCCGACGUCGUCGUGCAGUUCGAGAACACCACCGAGCCACCCACCGCCCUGCUGCCGGGCGGCGCGUCCACCAGCUGGAUGCCGUGAGGCGCGAGCCAGUGGCGGAGCCAGAGCCAGCCUGAGUGGGGGGGGGGGGGGGGAGUACUUUUUGCCUACUCACAGGGGCGAUGUGUGACUUUUUCGGCCCUUGCAGGUGACUAUCUAGGGGCCAAGGAGGUCAAUUGUCCUCACUCCGACAAAACCUCAAAAGUCACGAAAGCAGCAUGGCAAAAUUGUGACAAAAUUCACACUCUCCCCCAGGCCCUACUGUAACUUUUCCACACGCCACCCGCGCAAUAAAACUAUUUUAUAUUUCUCUCUCUUACGUGUUUACGAAAUACUCAAGUCUCCAUGGACGUGGUGUGCAGCAUUGCUCCCACGCACCGCCGGCGACCCACUCCAAAAUUUUGCGCACAGAUGCACCCACGUUAAGUCUUUGUGGCGUCUGGAUUGUAUCCCCGUUUCGUUCACAGAAUAGAGUUUACCACUCGGCUGCUCCUGAAGAGAAGCUGAGAGUCAACUGUAAAUUGUUGGAUGCUGUAACGAAACAAAUAAAUCAGCUGCUUGUAAA